UGCUACGUCAGGUUAAUAAAUUAGUGAGGUAGUGGGACUUAUGAAUUUGUCCUGUUUGACAACCUCGUAGGAGAAAAGGUCCUCCCCUUGUGUUUGCAAGAUUUACUGCCCCCUCCGUUUCCCCUCCUUUCUCUCGCAAUAUUCCCAUCCCCCCACUUCGUGUGUAUGUCGACGUUACCAUCGCGGCUUGAGAGAAACCACCGAAGCGAACCUGGGAGAAAACCGCCAGCAUUGAACAAGGGAAAACAGUGACAACCCCGGACUCCACGUAUAAUUAAAGAGAGGGUGCUUCACGGUAACAAAUUCCCUUGGACAUUUGAUUUGCGUUGCCAUUUCCUUCUCCACCACUACACUAGCAUUGCCACAAGAAUGGCCGGAGGGCACCCCACCGACCAAUUCAGUUUCUUGUACCAACCUGAAAGUGCUCAAAACCUGAAGAGUAAGGGUAGACUGUCUUCCAACAUGAAUCCUGUGUACAGUCCUGUCCAGCCCGGGACACCCUAUGGGAAUCCUAAGAACAUAGCAUACGCAGGUUAUCCUGCUGGCUAUCCUCAGGCUCCUACAUACACACCCAACCUCUACCAGACCAGCAGCCCAGGCUAUCCCCCAGUGCUGCUGGUGAAGCAGGGCUGGCCCCAGGCCUCCGGUGCUGCCGGGGCCCCUGAGGGCUCCUAUGACCUGGCCAUGGACGCGGGCUCAGAGGGCCGCCAGUACCAGGCCUCAGCCGCAGCUUUCAGAUACACUGCUGGGAUGCCUUACAAGGUGCCCCCUGGUCAGUCCACUGGGGCGCCCCCUCCCUACUCCCCAUCCCCGAAUCCCUACCAGACGGCAAUGUACCCCAUCAGAAGUGCCUAUCCCCAACAGAACCUCUAUGCUCAGGGUGCGUACUACACACAGCCCAUGUAUGCAGCCCAGCCUCACGUCAUACACCACACCACGGUGGUGCAGCCCAACAGCAUACCCUCCACCCUCUACCCCGCCCCUGUCCAACAGCCCCGCCCCAACGGUCACAUGGCCAUGGGCAUGGUGGCCGGUACAACCAUGGCCAUGUCUGCCGGUACUCUGCUGACCACACCUCAGCAUGCUACUCAGCACAUCGGCGGGCAUCCGGUGAGCGUGCCGACAUACCGCCCCCAGGGGACGCCUGGGUACAGCUACGUGCCUCCUCACUGGUAGACCUCACUGGGCUCGACGUCAUGUCGGGAGUCUAACACAAACAGCUCCAGUCUUACGUUGGUUCAGGAGGAAUGGCGGACCAGCACCAAUUCUGUCUGCAAGAACAAAAAACAAAAAAGUGCAAGGGUCACUUUAUACAUUUAUUUGUGAUUUGGAAAAGCUGCUUUUUCAUGUUUUUAUAUUAUUAUUUCUUUUCUUUAUUUUUUUAUACCAGCCUCAGUUCUUUGGGAUUUUUUUAUUUUUAUUUUGACUCUUAUAAUCUAGGCACACACUGACCAGCAGUAUAGUACAUUUGUGCUUCUUUUUUUACGUUUGUGUGUGUGCGUGUUUGUAUGCGUGCGUGUGUGUGCGUGCACAGGUGUGCCUGCGUAUUUUUGAGUUCUGAACACUGGUUAUGAGUCCGACGCAAAGCCAGUCCCUUUCAGCAGUGAGAAUGUAUGUCUUUUUAUGCUGCCAAAUUUUCAAAUGUAAAAAAAAACUCAAACAUUUUCAGGUGAGCAUUGGUCAUCGUUGGGGGGAAUGUGACAAACCUCAGUUCUUCCCACCCUGUUGAUUUACCUUCCCAUUUGCAUUUAAGUUUAAACACAACCAUCUUCCAGCACAAGAACACAAGGGUCGUCUUCCAGCUUGUAGCAACAGUGCAUUAACCUGGCUUCUUCAAAUAAUACUCACUGUAUAUCAGUCUUAAUGUGAUAAACAGCCCACUGGGACAAAGACCAAUACCGUAAUAGUUAAACACCAUGUAGAGGACAUGUUCAGUGAGUUCAGUGGACAUAAUUAGAUUGUAUGUCUACUAGAGUAUAGUAAGCAAUUUAAAUAUCUAUACAUGAAUAUAUUAUAUAUAGCUAUACCGGUGUUAGAGAACGCCUGCGCGCGUUUGUGGUCCCUUUGUACACAUGUAAAUGUUCACCAAACAUGCAAACACAUCCGCCUUUAGGUAUUUCAGUUAGCAUGAGUAAGGUGCGCACUAACACAUGUUCACAGAUAUAGAGAAGUAAAGGACAACAUUCACACAGGUUGUAAAGAUGGCAUAGGAUCCAGUGGAUGGGUGGCAGGAAAUGGUCUCUGUUGUAAUGUUUAGGCUAUGUUGUGAACUGAAUCCAGUGGUUGUCUCAUCUCAGCUGAGGUGCUGGGAGUUUGAGGGAGGGGUGGGGCGAGUUGUAAGUGGGACCAUGUUUAGUUACGGAUUCCAAGGGAUUUAAAAAACAAUAACUGAGGACAGCAGAGGAGAGCAAGAAAACCGUUCAGGCAAAGUAGUGUGGGCAGAAAAUUAUAAAAGCAUCUAAAUUGUAUACUGGUCCAGCAUUGAUGCAUGAAGCCUUGUGUGGCAGGCUUCACGUCAGUCUUAGGCUGGAUCCAUCUGAAGUAUUAUUUACCAUAAAGAUGUUUACAUGUCUGCUAGAAAUCUGGGACAGUGUUUCCCAACCACAGCUCUCCCCAACUACAGUGCUCAAGCACCACCAACAAUGAUCAUUAACAUCUAGCUCUGGGCAAGCACACCUAAUUCAACCUGUCAACUAAUCAUCAAGUUUUCAGUGAUUUGAAUCAGGUGUGUUUGUCUGGGGCUACACUGUGUGUUGUCAGGUAUACUGGAUGACUGUAGUUGGGGAGCCCUGUUCUGCACCAUUGACCUGGGUCAUGUUCUGGGAGGCAAGAUUUUAGGCUUACUGAACAGCCUAGCACUGUACUGAUGCCAUUUGGGAUGAAAGCAAGGUUUUGGAAGCCUGACUGAUCUUAAAGCUGAUCCAACCCAGAGAAAUAUGUCAUGGCCUGACCUCUCCAUCCAACCCAGAGAAAUAUGUCAAGGCCUGUCCUCUCCAUGUGUAUGUAACUUCGUAGUCCAUCCUGUCACUAGUUCACCAGUGUUCUGAAAGAUUCUGGACAAUGGCAAGCGGAAAAACUCAGUAAAACACUUAAUUCUGGAUGUUGAUCUUAUAGUACUUGUUUAAGGAAACAUCUUGUUUGUAUGUCGGUUGACGUAGGCCCUCUAUUCAGAGUAGCCAAUAGAACAGUCCCAAUACACCAGUGUUUCCAGCAUCCAAAAAACAAGAAGGGAGUUAGGAUCAUAAAGGGAAUGAUGGGUAUGAGGGGAAGAAUUUCAUUUGACUAGCUACACACCUCAUUUGACCAAUGGGCUUAGAGACUGAAACAAAAAUUUAACCAUGGUGAUUAAAUUUAAAACUUCAUGGCCACUGGCAUUAGAAACAUGACUAGAACAUGCACUCAAUUGUGGGUGAUAUCAACCCUGAAAGUAAGCAAUGUUUUUCACUCGCCCCCGGUCUCUAGCUGCUAAUGAAAUUAUUGGGAAAGGUGAAAGCAAUGAGGAAGUUCUAUUAUCUGGCUCAGGCACCCGCUGUAUGAGUGUUUUACACUGGGUGAAAUUUGACUGUAGUAGUUUUGGAACAGGGCUUCCUCCUGGGAGGUCAUUUAAGAGUGUGUAGUAUUAAGUAGAUAAAUGUUGUGGUGCAUAUCAAUUCAGUUCAAUUAGAGAAGGGCGCCACUCUGUGUGACCAGCUAUAGCCCAGUUCACACACCGGGCCAGUUUAAAAGAACUGCCUUAAUAUGAGCCACAUUUCUACCCACCCAGUAAUAAGGCAACAUUAAGCUUUAAGCUGUGAUGCUUUAAGCUGUGAUGCUCGCAGUGAAUGACACCAGUCCACCUACAGUUACCUGGGUGAAAGACAGGGGUGUCAAACUCAUCCAGCAAAAAGUUCAGUGUCAGCUGGUUGCUGUUUUUUUUUUUUCUUUCAAUGUUUGUGCGAUUAAGACCUAUACAACCAGGUGAGGGGAGCGCCUCAUUAAUCAGUGAUCUUAAUUAAUAAAUUAACUAGAAUGGAGCUGCAGGACCAUGCAGUCACCUGUCUCUCUGUGGAAUGAGUCUAACAAAAGUGUUGUUGGGGCUUGGGGUCCAUUGGAAAUUGGCAAGGAAGCAGGGUUCAGCUUGGGUCAAGUGCCAAGGUUGAGUUUCAUGAUUGGUCAUCAUGGUGGUGCACUAGGUUAGUGUCCUGACUACAUAUCAGAGUUAUGUGAGUGUGUCAAAAAUGUAUUGCACAAACAUCUAAAAGUAAUCUAUGCUAAAUAAGGUACUUUUAAGAAACAUUUUAAGGAUUUCUUAAGAGUUCAUGUAGAUCGGUGCAUUUGAUAGGAUGUUCUUAAUAAACAUCAACUGUACAUUUCAGAGAAUAUCUGUUGUUAAUAAUUGCUACUGCUUCUUUCAGUCUGUUACAGUAAUUUAGUUGAGAGUGGGUUAAGUUGAGCAAAGUCUUACAUUCAACAUUACUUCAUCAAGGCAUAUACAGUAUUCAGUCUAACUAACAUAAUUUCAGGAUGUUGUAAAUCCCUGGAAGUUCACUUAAUGUAAAAAGGACAGUUUUGUAAACAUAGUUUAUCCUCCCAGGUAUCGGGAAAGUUAGCCUAGUGACAGGGUAAGUUGAGCUGGCUACACUUCUGUACUGAACUUUUAAAACCAUGUCUAUCUUUAUUUCCCAAACACAAUUCAACACAAUCACUUUUAUUUUGACUAUAUAAACCAGCACAGCAACACUUUCAUGUUUGUUUCAGAACCUCAUACUGAAGCUUUGAGAUCCACAACUAAUGUACAGUAUAGAACAUAAUUUACUUUGCUUUACAUACAAGCAUCAGAACAUCAAACCUCUCAAAGCAAAUUAAUUUGACUUUAGUUUUAACUAAACUUUCUUACCACUUCUAUAUGGUUUCUGCUUUCACAGACUCCAUGGUGUGGCCUCUUUCUAAACAUUUGGGAAAAGGUUGCUCAAAUAACCCUUUGGCUCUGCGUACCCCACUCCCCUGUACAAUGCAGAAUUACAUUUUAUUUCACAUUGAACAUUUUGUUUGCAUUUACAUUACAAAUGGAAAAACAAAUUGUAAAGGAAAGACAUCCUACACCCAUUGAUGAUGAUUGAUAGCGUAGCAUUCAGCAGUGGACGGGUACAGAUGUGUAUGUAUGAGUGGGUGUGUGAAGGGCAGUGUGGUACCAGCCCCUAAUCUACGUGUGUGUGUGCGUGUGUGUGUGCGCCUGUGCACGCACACAUGCUCAUGUGAAGCAUGUAUGUAGUCCCAUGGAAGCGUGUCCUCUCAACACAGCCUAAAGUUCCCCAACCUACCCUGUCAGUAGCAUGAUGGAGCCAAACAGAACAAAAACAACAAAAAUGUCAAUAAAUCUAAUGUUCUGAAUGUUUGAAGUAGGAGAAUGAAACACGUAAACAACGAGACCAUUUGAGGCCCUUGAAAAAUAUUGUUUUGUAACGCAGUUCCCUAGAACGUUUAAAUGUGAUGCAAGACCUAAAACAUGCAUAUGACUAGUGACACAGGCCCAGGUAUAUGUGAAUGCUAUGCUAUGCUAAAUCUUUGGAGGUUCAAAACCUCAAAAAAAA